CUCUUCUCUUGUUCUCAUCUCCUUAAUCUACUCUCCUGCUACCUGCACUCCUCCCCAUGUUACCUCCGACCAAAAGGCUACCGCACGAAAACGCCAUUCCGGCCGUUUGGAUGCGGUCCGGAACGUCCAAGGGAUUAUUCCUGCAUCGCGAGCAUCUUCCCGUGGAUGAGACGAAGUGGGAACCCAUUCUUCUAGCUCUCAUGGGGUCGAAGGGGACUCACUCUGGGGAGAAUGCGCCACAGACCGACGGCCUCGGCGGGGGAACGUCCACGACGUCCAAAGUGGCCAUAGUGGGGCGGUCCCCUCGACCGGGCAUUGACCUGGAGUACAGCUUCGUUCAGGUGGAUUUCAAGCCCGGUCGCACUGACCGUUCGGGGACGUGUGGAAAUAUGGUGGCCGGCGUGGGGCCGUUUGCGUGGGAUCAGCAUCUGCUCGAUCGCUCGUCGGGGUGGUCAUCUUCCUCAUCCUCAACAGCAGUAGUAGUAGAUGGAGACGGUGAAGAGGUUUCUGCCAUGAUUGAUAUCCAUGUUCUUGAUACAAACACCAGCCAAGUCUUUCGUCUCACUAUGCCCAAUCCAUACUACGACCGCCAUACAUACCCGGACUCACUCUCCAUGUUUGCCGCAACGUGGGAAGCGAUCAAGGUGACCAUGGUGCAGCCCGGGGGUCAAAUGACGGGGGCUCUGUUCCCCAGGAAGGAAAGCAGCAGCAUCAGCAGCAGCACCGAAGAGGAACGUACCACCCUGCUGGAGAUUCCCUGUGGCUGGACGGGCCAGCUCCUCCGCGUGCGCGCCACACUGAUCGACUGUGGCAAUCCGUUUGUGCUGGUGGCAGCAGCUGACAUGCCCGCGCAAUACCACCAGGAGCAGCAAGAUGCGCUUUUCAGCGACGCGGCUCGCCUGACGGUGGAAACACUUCGUCGGGCUGCCUCUCUACGCCUCGGACUGGCCACCAGCUGGGACGCGGCGGCCCGCCAGAGGACAGUUCCCAAGAUCGCCGUGGUCACACCAGCUACCGCUACAGGCGCCUCCGUAGAUGCGACAGUCACGGCUUAUAGUCUGGGCGACUUGCAUCCGACGGUUCAGCUCACCGGUGCAGUCGCACUGGCGGCCGCCCUUAGUAUUCCGGGGACUGUGCUUGCUGCUGCUGCUGCUUCAACAAUCAAGGUGGACAAUGGGAGCCAUAUCUCAUCCUACACGCCUCCCACUUCCCGAACCUGGCAAAUUGCCCACCCUCGGGGCACGGUGAAGGUCGAGACUGUCUCAUUGCGGCUGGCGGAUGGGUCCUACUGCAUUGAGAGUGCAUCGGUGAUGAGGACGGCGCGGAAACUGUUUGAGGGACAGGCUUUCUACUGUUUGAAAUAGACCACUUCAUGAUAGCUGGGGAAUCCGAAGCGGGGUGAAAAUUAACCUCGACCCAGAAAGAAAGAUAUGAUUUGCAGC